UGUUGCAGAGUGACUGUGCUCAUAAUGAGUUUUGUGGAGUACUCAGACUUCAUUCAGGAUGGGGACGUUGCCAUCGUUUACCUGAACCAUGACUCCAUGAUGCCUGUCAAGGUGCAGCACGGCGCCCAGACGCAGACACGCUACGGGGCAAUUCGCCAUUCCACAGAUCUGAUAGGUCAGCGUUAUGGCUCGAAGGUCACCUGCAGCAAAGGGUGGGUCUAUGUGCUCCACCCCACACCUGAGCUGUGGACAGUCUCCCUGCCACAUCGCACACAGAUCCUCUACACCACAGAUAUCGCCACCGUCACCAUGAUGCUGGAGCUGAAGCCGGGUUCCAUUGUUUGCGAGUCAGGUGAGGGUGGAUUCAUAUUCGUGUCAAUGUAUUAGUAAAGGUGUUUUGAA